CGUUCUUCAAAACUGCUUGUCGAAAUUCCUUAGUUCUUCGUUGCUUUUCUGGUGUAUUUAUAUUCGCUCGCUACACUUAACAAUACCGAAAGGUUUCUUUUGCAAACAUGCAUUUCACAACUUCGCUCGCUCUUUUCGGCACUCUCGUCGCUGCCUCCCAGGCAGUUGAGCCCAUCCGUGGCUCCUACGAGUCAAAUGAGGUCCUGUCUGUACUGAAGCGCCAGACCGUCAUUUGCAAGCCUGUUCCUCCGCCGUUUACUUGCGAACGUUCUUGCGGUCCCGGAUUUGUCCAGUGUGUGUACCCAUCCAUGUGUUACAACCCUGGCAGGGGAGACUCCUGCUGCGCCAACGGAAAGUACUGCAGGAAGGGCACAUACUGCACAGAUAGAGGCUGCUGCCCCGAUGACUUGAGCCUUGAGGAAUGCGGCGCUACCCGUACCAUCAGUGUCAUUCCACCACCAGACACACAGCCCAGCACUGAAGCCCCAUCUCCCACCGACGAGCCAUCUGAAACCGAGCCUGCUCCCACUGAGACUGAAACCGAGGAGCCUGAGCCCACCGAGACCGAGGUCGAACCCACUCCGACUGAGGAACCAACGACCCCAACCAUCAUUCCAACUGGCACUGGAAACCCAGGCUACCCUGGCAGCAAUGCCACCUUCACUAGCCCAUCUCCACCCCAGCAGACAGUGAACGCUGCGGCCCAGAUCAAGGGUGCUGCUAUGGCCCUUGGUCUCGGUGUUGUCGGCGUUGCUGUGGCCCUGAUGUAAAUCGGGAGGCCUAUCAUCGGAUAACCUGGAGGAAUCAUCUUGGCGACAACAACUUGUUCAUUCUUGUCGUUCGUUCACGUAUAAUUAAUCAUUAAUGGAUCAGUGUUGUAUGUAAGAAUGGAGCUGUUCAUAGGCUAUCUUUAGACAAUGCGGAUAUAUUUAUCGUUUUCGAAUAUAAACCUAGGAACGAGUUGAUCAGUGAAGCCGUCUGCCAGUCAUAACAUUGAGGUCAAUCAGCAUGACAAGAUUUUGCAGUUUUCUUCAUUUUCCAAGCACUCUGAGGAUCCUCUCGAGUUCCUUGUGUCUCUCAGUCUUUUCGACCGCGGUAGAAAGCCGUAAACAGGUUUCAGUUGACUACACUUUGAGAAGGGUUAGUUCUCUGGUGUGUACUCCGCAGUUGGUUGAAGCCGUCCCUUGGCUCGUUGACGGGCAACCCUUGCCACGGGCAAAUUGAAAUGAACGGAGUUGGGAGAAUUCGACAGCGCUAUCUGAAACGCCAUAGGCGCUUAUCUGCAGGGAAUAGGUUAUUCCAUAG